AUGGCUUCUGCAUCAAUUGGACUGGACGAUGUAGCAUCAUCAUCAGAUGAUCUUAUGGAUGAACAAUCUCCUGCUUCGUUACAUGCUGUGGUUAGUGGAACAAAUAUGUCCGAUAUAUCGGUCCAUCAAUCUACAUCGGGAAUGGAUAUUGAGCAGGAACAAGUAAUACCAGAUGAAGACAGACUAGAUGUUGUUUUAUCAAGAAUGUGGAUACGUUUGAACGUUGGUGGAACGGUUGGUUUCCCGUAUCAUUUUAAUAUACAUAUUUUUCAAACUACUCGACAGACUUUAUGUCGAGAAACGAAUUCAUUUUUGGCUCGUCUGUGUAAAGAAGACGACGAAUUAUCCAGUCAGAAAGAUGGUACAGGUGCUAUAUUGAUUGAUCGUGAUCCAGAAUAUUUUGCACCUGUGUUGAAUUACUUACGGCACGGAAAACUUGUAGUAAACAAGAAUGUGAGUAUAGAAGGAGUUCUCGAAGAAGCAGAAUUUUAUAAUUUACCUCGACUAAUUCAGUUAUGUACGGAACGAUUAGCAGAAUUUGGUCCGAAAAAGGCGAAGCAGACUAAACACGUUUAUCGCGUCCUCCAGUGUCAUGAAGAGGAAUUGGCAAAUGUUGUAUCAGCAAUGUCAGAUGGUUGGAAAUUAGUUCAGCUUAUUCCCAUCGGACAAUUCCAGUAUCAAAGCGACAUGCAAAGUGAAUUCCUUUGCGUCGUUUGUCGGGAAUUUCCUGACAACGAAAUCAAGAAUGGAGAGCAUACAGAUCUCACUGAUCGCGUUAAAGCUUUGCAACAAAAGGCUCGCCGUAAACCACUAGUGCUGGAGGACGACUCUUUGUUUCGAUUCAGGACAGCUUUUCCGCUCGUACUGCAAUAG